UGAACGUAAAGGCCAUCAUUUGGCGCGAAAGGAAGGUGACAACUGUUUUGGCUGAACACAGGUGCCUUUUGCCUUGUGAAUUAAAAAAAGAACUUUGACGUUUAAUCUAAUGACAAGUACUGGCCAGUUUAGUGAUACUAUCUACAUCUGUUAUCCAGUAGCAAAGAUGUUUAAAUUGGUGUCGCUACUCAUCGCCGCGGCGCUGGUGUCGCUGCAAAGCGCUUACAUCGUCAGCGCGCAAAUCGAUAACCCUAAAAAUGAUCUGGAUAACAACAUACAAAUAAAUCCGGUUCCUCAACGUCGUCGUCUGCGCAACUUCAUCAAAAUGAGUCAGGCGCCGCCGCAGCGCGUGCGCUACGAGCCCGGCGCCGGCCUGCAGCUGGUCUGCGAAGUGACCGGCUCGCCCGCGCCACAAGUGCAGUGGCUCAAGAAUGGAGAGCCCAUGCUUGAUUACGAAGAGGAAACUAACGAGAUCCCGACUGUGGCGAACAACAUCGCCCGACUUGUCAGCAAGCUGGUGUUGUCCGCUGCUCGCGCCGGAGACGUGUUCACGUGCGACGCCAACAACGGCCUCAAGGAAAUAACAGCCUCUACCACUGUUUAUACUGAAUCUGAACUUUCCCCGCAAUUACUAUCAUUGGAGAACCUGUUCCCCGCUCCGUCGAAGCCGGUGAUAUCGCUGCACUACGAAGACAUCAUCCAAGAGAGCGGCACCUCGUUGCUGCUGCCGUGUCGGGUGAGCGGCGCCGGCGAGCACCAGAUCGUGUGGCAGGACAACAACAACCAAGUCGUGUAUGGCAGCCCUAGGCUACAGGUGUUGCCCUCUGGUGAUCUGCUGAUAGUGGAGCUGCAGUGGGGGGACAUGGGCCAGUGGAGCUGCACGGCGCGCAGCUCGCAGGGUAAAGACACCGCGGGUACCUUCGUUUACCCUUCCAAGCCAAGGAAACAGUAAACUAAAACGGAAUGCUAAAAAUGGAUCAAGAAAGUUACCCGCCGAUUACUAAAAAAAUCUCCAUGUUCCUAGUA